AUGAAGGCGUUCUUUGGCCGAAGUGGGCAUUCCCAGCUGCCACCACAGCAGCAGCAGCAGCAGAAUGAACAAAAUCCACCCAGUUACCCUCCCCAGUCGCCCGAAGAGCACCUGAUUCCUCCUCCUCCAUACUCCGAGGCGGUGGAGGUGCCUUCAAACGAGACUGUGGCAGAGGCCGUCGAUACCAAUAUCAGUGCAGCGGACACCCGGGCGGAGGAAACCAACCCCCUGAAACACAGCCCACUCUCCGACGAAGAAGCAGCCUUACAUCUGGCUGUGAAGAAUAAUCAUGUCGGCGUGCUUAGUGCCCUGAUAAAGGCCGGCGUCAACGUCAACUGCGCAGACUCCAGUGGCUGGACGCCACUUCAGAAGGUGAUAUCUCACAACCAGGACAAGUCCGUAGCGGCCGUCAACGCCCUUUUGAUAGCUGGUGUAAACGUCGACACGGCGAACGAUGAAGGCAUGACAGCACUGGGAGUCGCUGCAUCCAAGAACCUGCGAGAUAUCUCAGACAUCUUGCUCAAGGCUGGCGCAGAAAUCAACCCGUCAGAUGCCCAAAGGGUUCCCUGGUCGCCAUAUCUCCUCGCAGCGUGGAACGGACACCUUGACCUGAUGAAAUUCUAUCUCAACUGGGGUGCCGACGCACAUACGGUCAAUAACGAAGGCUGGGAUGCAUUGCACGUCGCCGCCAGACAGAAUCACUUCCCGGUUCUUCGAUUUGUGCUCUCGACCAAGGAGCCGCUCAGCAUUCGCUCGGUCAUCCAUGAUAAACGCACGGCGCUGCACAUUGCAGCAAAGUACAACAACUUAGAAAUUGCGAGGUUCCUCAUCAACUCCGGAAUCAGGAUCCAUGCAAAGAAUGAGGCCGGCUAUACGGCUCUACAUGCUGCGGUAGAGGAAGGGAACGAUGACAUCGUCUUGCUUCUGAUAGAGAGCGGUUCUGAGGUUGAUGCCAGGGCUGACGGUGACUGGACGGCCCUAGCACUGGCUGCUUAUCAUAAAAAGGAAUCAACAGUUCGGCUGCUCGUCGAGAAGGGAAAGGCAGACAUCGAAGCGAAGAAUUCUAGUGGCUGGACACCGUUGCUUCUGGCUGCCAGAUGGGGCCACGAUGAUAUUGUACAGUAUCUUGUUCAGCAUGGGGCAAACCCAAGGGUAAUGUCGGUUAUGAAUAGAACAACCUUGCAUAUGGCAGCACUGCACCAGCAUGAAGAGAUUGCAAGGAUUCUGGUCGGCUUGGAUAUCGAUGUCAAUGCUGCUGAUGAGGAUGGAUGGAUGCCUUUACAUAUGGCUGCCAGGAACGGAGCAGAGACGAUUGUUAGCCUCUUGCUGGAACGCGGCGCCAACCCAAGUGCUGAAUUCAAACCUGGCGGAGUCAGCUCGUCCCCUCUGCAGCUUGCGGCCGAAGAAGGCCACGAUAAGGUGGUCGAGAUGAUAAUUCAGGCUCAGAGAGCCCCGAAGAAGUAG